CCAAGAGAAUAGGGCAAAGGAGGUUUCGAAGCAAGAGAAACUGCUGUAUAUGCCCUUGCUCUAUUAACGCUGCCGCUAUUGCCGUCGCCCCUAACCUGAUUUCCGCUCCGCCAAUCUCGCAACCACACCGCCCCUUCCAUCCAAUUUCCGGGAUGGGCGAGAUGGAACGAUCGUUUGAUGGAGCUGUAGCGCAGAAACUCUACUUUUCAGAUAGGGUAUGUUUUGUUUGCCGUGUCCUUCCGCGCCUACGUGAUCGUGAGUCUGCUGAUUUCAAACUCAGAGGUUACCUUAUCUUUGUUGUCGACUUAUCCGAAUUAGUUAAUGGAUCUAACUCUAAGGGGGUUUUACACUACAAUAUCCUCCUCAAUUAUGGUCUUAGCAUGUCAGUUUGUGGUCUUGAUUCCACACUUUAUUUUGUUGAAUCUUGCCCCAAGACUCUGACAGUACAGACCCUCGAUGUUGAAACCAAACAUCAAGGCUUGAACUUGGAGUUAGGCGCUGAUGAUUUAGGCAGCUUACCUCCUAUGUUGGGUCCCAAACGCUGUGCUCUAAUAGCAUCAAUUCCUCGCACUAAAAAGAUUCUAGUAUUUUCUUCUAAGUUCGAAGUGUUUCCUUACGAUCCUAAUUUUGCUGAUGAUGGUUUUGAUAGAUACGUUGAUUUUGAUUUUGAGAUGUAUGAUGUUCGAACCAAAAUAUGGGAAAAACUACCUCCACUUGUUAUCCGAAAAUUCAAAUGUAAUGGUAACUCUAUGGAUCCUUUCUUUUCGCUGCUCCACGGGGCUGAGGUAACAGAGAUCCCUAGGAAUGCUAGGGAUAGAGAUUUUAGAACAUAUCAAAUUUCUCGUUAUACUUUGAUCGAUGAGGAUGUAUUUCUAGUGCAACUUACUUGUGGUGUAAUGCUUACUCUUGAUCUCAAGUCUCCCUCCAAAGGCUGGAAACUAUACUAUGAAGGUAUGGUAACUAAGCCUAGUUCAGAUCAAAAUCUGUUUGUAGUGGAGGACAAAACCGAAAUGCCUUGGUGUGCUGAUGAUAUUCGAGGAGAUAGGAAAUUCGGAAAUGCUGUUGUGUUUCCGCUAUCGUCGUUUAGUGAAGACGAUCCGUUGAAAGAUGCUCCUGAGUUAACCAUCACUGCUCUGGAGGCUAAGGGUCAUGUCUGCAUUGUGCAAGGUGGCGUUAGUCGGAAGUCGAGGUAUGGUCAAGUCAUUAUGGAUGUAGUGAAUGUGCAGGCCGAGGUUGUUGCUUCUUGUAGAUUUGAGGUGCCGCAUAAGAUCUACUGGUUUGAGCCUCUCCGCAUCUUUGUUUACCAUCCAAAGUAAAGUGACACUUAUAUAUAGAGGAUCAAGGUUGUUACCAAGCUUUCCUUCUCGGAUAAACAGUGUAUAAAAUUUUUGUAUGGUAUGAUAGCAAAAGCUUGAUUAAAAAAUUGAAUGUAAAUAUAUUCUUAAUUGGUUGGUAGCCUAUCGCUGUUGUUCGAUUACAAAUUUACAAGUGAAGUAUGAAACCGGUUUAAAUGUAAUCAAUCAAUGAAGACAAAAUGAAUUAUUAUAUCCCCAA